GAUUUUAGAAAUCUCUGGAUUUCUAGCUCCAAAUCCCUGUCCUUCCGCCAUUACUAUAUAAACCCAUCUGUACGCCCUCUGGAUAACCAGAAAUCAGUCUUCUACAUUAGCUUUUUUCACCAUCAAUCUCAGAAACCCCAAAAUCCGCGAACGCUUGUUUUUUUGAUUCACCUGAAUUUGAGAAAUGGAUGGCGAUUUUGAGUUCCCAACUGCUGCGAAUGAGGAGGUUGAUAACAUGGACAUUAUCAAGGUUGGUGAAGAGAAAAAGAUUGGCAAGAAUGGACUUAAGAAGAAGCUCGUCAAAGAGGGUGAAGGAUGGGAGACUCCCAGUUCUGGUGAUGAAGUUGAAGUGCACUACACUGGGACUUUGCUUGACGGAACCCAGUUCGAUUCAAGUCGUGAAAGAGGGACACCAUUCAAGUUCAAACUUGGUCGAGGUCAAGUAAUCAAGGGGUGGGAUGAGGGCAUCAAGACUAUGAAGAAGGGUGAGAAUGCCAUUUUCACAAUACCUCCAGAAUUGGCAUAUGGUGAGGCUGGAUCUCCUCCAACUAUUCCUCCCAGAGCAACUCUUCAAUUCGAUGUGGAGUUGCUGUCUUGGACGAGCGUUAAAGACAUCUGUAAAGACGGGGGAAUUGUCAAGAAAGUACUUGUGGAAGGCGAGAAAUGGGACAAUCCCAAAGACCUUGAUGAAGUACUCGUUAAGUAUGAAGCUCGGCUUGAAGACGGAACGGUUAUCUCAAAGUCUGAUGGUGUUGAGUUCAUUGUAGGAGAUGGCUAUUUCUGUCCUGCCUUGGCAAAAGCUGUGAAAACAAUGAAAAAGGGAGAGAAAGUCCUAUUGACAGUGAAGCCACAAUAUGGAUUUGGAGAGAAUGGCAGGCAGGCACUUAGUGAUGAAGGUGUUGUUCCUCCAAAUGCAACUCUUGAGAUCAUGCUUGAGUUAGUUUCUUGGAAGACUGUCACUGAUGUUACCAAGGACAAGAAGGUUUUGAGGAAGACCCUGAAGGAAGGGGAAGGAUAUGAACGACCAAAUGAUGGAACAGUUGUUCAAGUCAAACUGAUUGGGAAGCUACAUGAUGGGACCGUUUUUGUGAAGAAAGGUCAUGAUGAGGAGCAACCAUUUGAGUUCAAGAUAGAUGAAGAACAAGUUAUUGAUGGACUUGAUAAAGCUGUGAAGAACAUGAAGAAAGGGGAAGUUGCAUUAAUAACAAUUCAGCCAGAAUAUGCAUUUGGUUCAUUUGAAUCACAGCAAGAAUUGGCUACUAUUCCUGCUAAUUCAACUGUAUACUAUGAAGUUGAGAUGAUAUCUUUCACCAAGGAAAAAGAAUCAUGGGAGAUGAACACACAAGAAAAGAUUGAAGCAGCAGGGAAGAAGAAGGAAGAGGGGAACGUACUAUUCAAAGCUGGCAAGUAUGAAAGAGCCUCAAGGAGAUACGAGAAGGCUGUGAACUUUAUUGAGUAUGACUCCUCUUUCAGUGAAGAAGAGAAGCAGCAGACUAGAGCACUUAAAAUUACUUGCAAACUUAACAAUGUAGCGUGCAAGCUAAAGCUCAAAGAUUACAAGCAGGCCGAGAAGCUGUGCACCAAGGUGUUGGAACUUGACAGUAGGAAUGUGAAAGCCUUGUAUAGGAGGGCACAGGCAUAUAUACAACUUGUUGAUUUGGACUUGGCGGAGAUGGACAUCAAGAAAGCGCUUGAAAUUGAUCCUGACAAUCGGGAUGUGAAGUUGGAAUACAAAGUUUUGAAGGAAAAAGUGAGAGAAUACAACAAGAAGGAUGCGCAAUUUUAUAGCAACAUAUUUGCAAAGAUGAACAAGAAUGCAUCAGCUAAGCAGGACCCUAUGCCAAUGGCCAUAGAUAGCAAGGCAUGAUAGCAAGUUAGAUUCACAGCUCUCUCUCUCUCUCUCUAGUAGAAGAAAACUAUGUGGGUGUCGCCUAAUAUGUUAAUAAAGUUGUGGGUGAUAGUUGAAUUUAAUAUAUAGAAGAUGAAAUAUGUGAUGGAUUGUGCUCAAAUGAUAUGAGUUACAACCAAACUCGUGUUCUACGUCAUGCUAAUCAUUCAACUAGUAAAACAGAGUAAAUCUCGAGCCAUUGGCUCAGGUUGUUUUAUGUUUA